CCAUAAGCAACUUUAAAAAAAAUGACAGGGUGACUGUACCCAACCAAACCACGCUUUUAACCAUUAGCUUCUCUCUCACUCACUCACGGAUCAUAGUCAUACCAACCGUUUCUCUCUCUACAAAUCGACUCUGUAUCUGUAUCUAUCCUCUUUCUCUCUCCCCCACAUUGAACAUGCAAAGACAGUCUCUGGGCUCACCAAACUCAAAGCUCCACAGUACUAAUGGAGGAACAUUAAUGGGGGCCAAGGAAAUCAAUCUCGUGACCGGAGACGACCAGAGGCGGAAGGACCAACCGUCUUCGCCCGCCGCCGCCGAUGGAGACAACGACAAGUCACAGAAGCCUCACAAAUCGCCGCCUCCGAAACCCGAGAAAUUCGUCCACGUCAUUCCGAUCCUCACCGUUGUUUGCUUCCUCAUUCUCUACCUCUCCUCCCACGAUCCGUCCCAAAAAGAUUUGGCUCAGUUCAGUGGAUUCAAACGAUUGUCGAAGUCUAUAGAUUCAACCGAGGCCGAGGAUUCUGGAGGAUUUUUAGACGUUGAAAAGAGCGAUGUUUUGGCGAUUCGGAGUCUCAGAAAUUUGCAGGAGGUCGGAAAGCACGGUCCGAAAUCCCGGCUUCACCGGAAAAUCGGCGAUUUCUAGCUUUGCAUUUUACGGUCAUGUUUUAUGUCCCUCUGCCUCUCUCUCUCUCUCUCUCUCUCUCUCUCCAUCUUCUGCUGAGUUCAUCACAAGCAUGACUCCGUCGGUGUUGGUCGCACGUGGGAACUCAGUAAUACUACUCUUUACCAUUCUUUUCGCGCGUGCAAAUGCAAUUAUGCAUGUAAAUUUUUUGUUUGGUGAACGCAACUCAAUCUAUAGUAAUUUCAUUUCACUGAAUGAUGUAUUUUAUUUUUUACAGUAUUUACUGGAGUAUGAAUAAUGUUACUCAA